UUCACAGUUUCGGCACUGCCCUCCGCGCUACUCGGCAGUUCCAUUCAUAACACAUGGCGCUGUGUCGCCAACUCGUUGCUGCUCCGCAUCCCGCGCUUCCCACGCGCCACGUGGCUUUAGAGCCUUUGAUAACUUCCUCGAACCGCGUUCCUUUGUUGCUGCCGUCGCUCCCUACAGCACUAACGGGUCGGUUUGUGACGAGUACUGGUGAGCGGCGCUGCGUCAGGCGUAGAGCAUUCAGUGUUAUAGCGAAGACGUCUAAAGCGAAGAAGAACUCAGCGACGCGGACUAAGCAGCCACGUAGGACCCAAGAACGCGUUUCUCGUACGAGUGGCGAAUCAUGGGAAGCCACGUCAGCCGCGCCCGAGCCGGAUUUCUCGUGGGCUAGUGGCACUACGGUAGCUGCCUUGGGUCGGCACGAUGAUGACGUGGACGGGGAAAAGCCUGGCGUGGCAGCAAGCAGCAGAAGAUCAAGGGUUUUACCCGUUGACAAGAAGCAAGAGCUUGCAGUUACCGCUUCUGUCGCCGGGGCAGCCGCCGUGACAGCCGCCGCGUCAGCCGCCGUUGUUGAAGCUGCAGCAAUCGUUAGCGAGGAGGAUCGCGCAGGGUUAAGCGCAGGUAAGCCCGCUGCUGACGUGGCGAGGGGGACUGAAGAGCAGGAGCGGAAGGGGGAGGAAGAAGAGGAAGAGGAGGAGGAGGAGGAGGAGGAGGAGGAGGAGGAGGAGGAGGAGGAGGAGGAGGAGGAGGAGGAGGAGGAGGAGGAGGAGGAGGAGGAGGAGGAGGAGGAGGAGGAGGAGGAGGAGGAGGAGGAGGAGGAGGAGGAGGAGGAGGAGGAGGAGGAGGAGGAGGAGGAGGAGGAGGAGGAGGAGGAGGAGGAGGAGGAGGAGGAGGAGGAGGAGGAGGAGGAGGAGGAGGAGGAGGAGGAGGAAGAGUGGGAUGAGGAUUGGGAGGAAGAUGAAGGGGAGGGGGAGGACGAAGAUGUGAGGGUAGAGUUAUGGGAGGGUGAUUUACCCCCAAUGUCAGAGGAGGAAGAGCGGGAGCUGCUUCUAGAGGCGGAGCGGGAGAUCGCGCAGCUGGAGGCGGAGAGAUCAGCGGGAGACGCGCCCGCGGGACGCAUGGUGGACGGCGAUUGGCUGCAGGGGGAAGGGGAGAUCGGCGCGGAGGCGGAUAAGGGGAGGGGCGCGGGGGAGGGGGGGGGGGGAGGAGUGGCGGAGAUGGAGGGGGAGAUAGCGGCGCUGAGGCGGCAGUUGGCGGAGAUGGAGAGGGAGCUGACGGAAGCCAAGGCGCGAGAGAGGGCGCAGGAAGGGGAGGGGGGAGGGCUCAGGGGACAGGAAAACCCUGAACCCUCGGGGUUUGCGCCGGAACCCUCGGGACUCGUAGGCGAGAAGCAGACGGUAACAGCGGACGUGAGAGGAGAGCGCAAGUCUGAAGAACGAGCGGGCGAGGAGGAGCGGGAGGAGGCGGAAGAAGAGGAAGAGGAGGAUGAAGACGAUUUGUCUCAUUUGAGGAGGAAAGAGCAGAGGCGACUGCGGGAGGAGAUGCGGUGGCUGGAAGGGAAGGGCGAGGAGGGAUGGGACGGCGACGAAGCACCGCCGUCAGCAGCAUCAGACGCGGAGAAGAGGGGCAUUCCGGCGAUAAUGCGGUGCUUCGACACUGCGCGCGUGUUCAUCAAAGCGGGAGAUGGGGGGGACGGCAUCGUCGCCUUCCGCCGCGAGAAGUAUGUCCCGGACGGCGGGCCCUCGGGCGGCAACGGCGGGCGGGGCGGCAACGUAAUCAUGACUGCCGACCCGGCGCUGAACUCCCUCCUGCCGUUCCGCCGCUCCGUGCACUUUCGAGCCACGCGGGGGGCGCAUGGGAAGGGGAGUAAUAGGCACGGAGAGGCGGGUAGAGACGUGGAGAUUAAAGUGCCCCCUGGGACGAUUGUUAGGGAGGUGGUGGGGAGGGGUCCGAGCGAGGUGGUGCUGGCGGGGGGGCGGGGCGGACGGGGGAACGCAGCGUUCAAGACUGGCAGGACCAACGCGCCGCAGAUCGCAGAGAAGGGGGAGGAGGGGCCCGAGAUGUGGGUGCAGCUAGAAUUAAGGGUGGUGGCGGACGUGGGCAUAGUAGGAGCACCCAACGCUGGCAAGUCAACGCUGCUCGCCGCUAUCUCCGCAGCCCGGCCCAAGGUGGCCAACUACCCCUUCACCACACUAGUCCCCAACCUUGGGGUAGUGUCGGUGCCGGGCGGCUUCGACAGCAUGGUGUGCGCUGACGUGCCGGGGUUGCUGGAAGGGGCACAUGUGGGAAGAGGGCUGGGGCACCAGUUUCUGAGGCACACCGACCGCUGCCGAGUGCUGAUCCACGUGGUUGACGGCAGCAGCCCUCAGCCGUACCUUGAGCUGCAAGCAGUCACCAGGGAGCUCGCCCUCUUCUCGCCCUCCCUGGCCGCCAAGCCGCGCGUGAUCGUCUUCAACAAGAUGGACCUGCCAGACGCCAGGCAACAGUGGGCAAGCUUCCAGGAGGCAGUGCGCGAGCUGGGGAUCGGAGGGGACGGGGAGGAGGACGGCGUGUGGUGGGGGGGAGGGGAGGAGGGGGAGAGCGGGGGGGAGGGGGAGGGCGGGAAAGGGCCGGUGGUGCUGAGUAUGAGCGCAGUCACGGGGCAGGGGACGCAGGAGGUGGUGCGGGCGGCUUAUGCUCUGCUGAAGCGGGUGCAGGGGGAGCGGGACGGAUGGGGGGAGGAGGAGGAGGAAGCCCCUAACGCCACUCGCCAGCGCCUGGGCUUAGCAGCGGAGGUGCAGCGCGCGCGGCGGGCGGCAGUAAACGAGUUCCGGGUGGCAUGCGACAGCCACACUCGCAUGUUUGAAGUGACGGGGGAAGGCAUAGAGCGAUUUGUGCAGAUGACCAACUGGGAGUACUUUGAGGCGGUGCGGCGGUUUGCCCACGUGUUGGAGGCGAGUGGCAUCAAUGAGGCUCUCAGGGCGAGGGGAGUGCGGGAGGGCGACACUGUGGUCAUCGGGCAGCUGGAGUUCACGUGGCGCGACUCAGAUGACAUCCUAGAGGCGCUGGAGUUCACGUGGCGCGACUCAGAUGACAUCCUAGAGGCGGUGGGGGGCGACUGGAAGCGAGGCAUCAGGGGCUCCAAGCUGUGGCCGCACUAGGGGGUGGAUGGAGGGUUGAAAGCGAAGGCCCAGGCUUGAGAGGAGCGGCAAGACUGAGAAUUGAAGUGUCAACGCCUCAAGAGGCCCUCAAGCUGCCAGGGCGCACCUCACCUCAGCCGUGCUCCAGCGAUGAUGUAUCUUGAGUCGAAUCAAAGCGCACCUCACCUCCGCCAUGCUCCAGCGAUGAUCAUACCAAGCUGCCCAGUCAGCCCCCCAGAUCUUAGGGCCUGUGCCCAAUGCCCAGUGUUUCCGCUGGUGCUGCUGCUGGAAGUCUUUUUUUGAGUCGACUCAAAAAUCGUCUGCUGCUGGAAGGCUCCCUCCUCAGCUGAUGCCUCUCUCUGCUCUGCUCUGCAUCCAACGAAUAUCCGUGUGAAAUUGCUUAAUCUUAGUCCUCACUGUUAGAAUGAGAACUGAAUGAUUGAGUAGAGAGAGAGUACAGGUGAAUAUACCUAAGUGUUGUACCCUCUAAGAGGUGGCCCUAUA